CGUCCCUGCCACCUUGGAACCGAGGACAUUAAAUAAGCAUACACCUGCCCUCUCUGACUUCCAGAACAAACAGAGCUCCCAGAUCUCAUUGUCACGGCCUGCCCCGUAGAGCGCGUGCAGAGCCUCUGAGCCCACCCUCUGGUAGCCCCAUUACCAUCUCCUCCACCACCAUCACGCAGUCCACCGACCCAGAAACUCCAGCUCUCCCGAUUCCCGAGAAGCAGCCCUGCCCAGAGACCAACCGAAGGCACAUCUCUUCCAAAACUUGAAGACAGACCGCACAGAAGCUUCAUUAAUUUUGCACAAGAUUCGUCUAAUAGUGGCUGAGCAGAGAGGAGACAAAGCCACCGGACGUUGCCUGUGCCAGCAGCCCGCCAAGGGUUAACCCAUUAGCCCAUAUCCUGGUGAGCUCAUCCCCACUGGAGCCUGCUCAGUGGCUGGGAUUCACUGCUCACCAGCUCCUGGAGGGGGCCGGGGAGGCUUUCUCCAGGGCUGGGAUGAACAACUUGAACAGAAACUCAUUGCCGGGUGCCUCCCCCACCGUGCAAGCUGCCUCUGAUUCCCAGGUUCACCGUCCUCUCCUGGGACCCUGAGGACACACAAAGCCAGGCAUCGCCCUCCGCUGAGAGCCAGGCUGCAGACGGAUGCUGAGAACAGGAAGGGCGUGUGAGGACCGCUUUGGCUUCACCCCUGCUUCUAACUGUUGCGGGUACCGGGUGCCCAGUCCCGAGGAGCCGUGACAAUGGAGGCUCUCCCCAGGGCCCUGGAGGUCGAGGAGAAGUCUCCGGAAUCCAAGGACCUGCUGCCCAGCCAGACCGCCAGCUCCCUGUGCAUCAGCUCCAGAAGUGAGUCUGUCUGGACCGCCACCCCCAGGAGUAACUGGGAAAUCUACCGUAAACCCAUCGUCAUCAUGUCGGUGGGGGGCGCCAUCCUGCUCUUCGGCGUGGUCAUCACCUGCCUGGCCUACACCCUGCACCUGGGCAACAACAGCCUUAAGGUCCUUAAGAUGAUAGGGCCCGCCUUCCUGUCGCUGGGACUCAUGAUGCUGGUGUGCGGGCUGGUGUGGGUGCCCAUCAUCAAAAAGAAACAGAAGCAGAGACAGAAGUCCGUUUUCUUCCAGAGCCUCAAGUCCUUCUUCCUGAAUCGCUGAUGGCGGCCAACAGCUCUGUUCUCCCUGUCGCCCCGCCCCCUCCGCUGGGGAGGAGAUCUGACAAGGACAUCAACAUCCCCAUCUUCUUGGGGGUGGGGCUAGCCAUAAAGCAGACCAGCGAAGCCUCUUCCUGGCCCUGCGGGGAAGAGCUCAGGGCUCCGAGUGCAGCUGGAGGAGGCUGCUGGCUGUGUCUCAUUUAGGCUCUCUGUAACUGCCCUGCCUCCCCUUAGACGCUGGCCGCAGGCAUCCCCUUUCAAGGCUCACUCCCUGCUCCUGCAUCCAGGUACCAGCCAUCUAACUCUCUCCGCAGAGCGCUAUGCAUGUUGGGAAAUUCCUCCGGCCAGGCUGUGCCCCAAGGAGAGCCUCCUGUUUCUGCAUCUGAGUGCCUGAGCUGGAUUCGCCCAUUUGCACCCGAACUGACUGGUAGAGGUCCCUCACAGAAGAGCCAGAAGACUGGUCUGGCUCCCUGUGUUCACCAGCCCCAGCUCUCUCUGUGGGCAAGAUACUGAUCGGCAUUUCAAAAGACGAGACGAGUCACAUGUAUAAAACACGGCGAAGAGCGAACAGUAAGGGUGGCCAGGGAGAAACGCUUUGGAAGAAGGCGCGUCCCCCCUCCCCCGACCCCAGAAAAGGCGCUGGGAGUCAGCCAGCUGAGGAAAUUUAACUCCGGGUUAUAGAGUUUUUUUUACAUCAGAGGCCGUGUGGGCUGGACUGGGGGUGCCACAGUUUGACCUUCUAGCUCCCCUGUGAACUUGACAAUUAGCCAAGCAAAAGUGCAUGUUGCCCUGACUCCCCCUUCCCCCUGUCUGUCUACCCGGCCCCACCCCCAAUUCUAGAACAGCAAGACAGAGACCGCAGAGGGAUUCUGUAAGAUUGUUCUGUCCUUCACCUCCAUCGAGGACCAAAGAUCAUGCGCCGCACCUGAACGGUCUGUGGGUUUCCAGAGAGAGAGGAUUUGCUUUAGAAAAAUCCCAAUGUCUGGUCUCCCUGCCUAUAGCCACCGAAGGAGCGAACAUUUACUGGGCACCCUUCUCUGGGGCCAGGCCCUGGGAUGGGAACCGGCCAGACAACUUCAUUCCAAAGCGAGACAUAUGGCCAGGCCGAGGUGCGGCUGCAACACCCGUGCUGGGCGCGCUAUGGGGGAAACGUGGCAGGUGCAGGAACACAGAGGGGGCAUCUCACCCAGACGGGGGAGAGGACGGAGGGAUUGCGGGACUGUGCCACUGGAAUGGAGGACAACAGGAAAGAUAAGAGCUAGCAAAGGGGGCGGGGGGCGGCAAUUUGGGGGGCAAAAGUCCAGGUGGGGGAAGGGGGAGGGGAGGGAGCUUAACGAAAUUAGGCAACUGCACGGCAACUUCCUGCCUCUUGGCCUGCUUCCCACCUGCUUCCCAUCUGCCUUAGUGCAGCCUCUCCAGGGGCCACAAUGAGGCCACAGACUGGAAGGAGGUUUCCAGGGGGUCCACCAAGCAGAGAGCACCCGUGAGGUAAGCGCUCCCCAAAUCUGGGGCUUAGGGUGAGCAGAGGCUCUUAGGUGACAGACCAGGAGGCUGCCCUGGGCCGGGCCAGAGGUCCAGUGGAGAGCACGGAUAACGAGGUGUGAAGGGAGGGCAGCCUCUCUAGGGUUUCUGGGCCCCGCUCCCCUGUCACCGUGGCAACCCCCCCCCCCCCCCCAACAAGCCUCCAGUAUUUCCAUCCUCUGUGGUAGUUCCAGAUGCAGAGUCAGAACCUCACCUAGUUCCUUCUGCAUCAUGGGAAACUCCAUGGAGGCAGGUACCUGUCCCAGGGGGCCACCCCUGCCCCACCCACCUGAGAAGCCAGAACUUGGGGGGACUGUGGCCUUUGGGGCUUCACCCAAAACGACCAUGUGUCUCAUUCGGACAGCAUAGCCAGGUCCUCUAGCUGAACUGUCCCCUGCAUGAGGCGGUCAAGUCCCGUCUGGGGUGUGCUGCAAGUGCUUUGUCCUUAACUGUCGUUCUAGUGCCUCGAGUGACAGGGCUUACAGACCAUCUACCCGCCUUUCUCUGGCCUGAAUGCAGAUUCCGCAGCGGCCCUAUACUAUCACUCUCGCCUCUCCUGAUGCUUUCUUACGUGAGAGUAAACAGGACGGGCUCUCAGCUCGCUCACUGGGGAUCCACACUCCCUGUGUCUCCCCACGUCCGCCCCAAAGCUCGUGGUCUGGGCGCAGCUGUGGUAGAGAGGCCCAUGCGGAGGCUACUGUUGUGUACGUCUUGCUGGGAGUCUGGGGGCGGCCAUGACUCUAGGAAGUAUCCAAGAUCUGGACUCACCUGGAAGUUUCCAGCAAUGCUUGCCCACGCGCCCUGCCCCUUAAGCUAGCAUCUCAGCAAGAAUAAUGAGGAAACAUCCCCCGAGCAUCACUCAUCACCACUGGGAUCCCCGCCCAUGGGCGUGGACCAGGGAACAUGCCAGCAUCACGCUGAGGGGCUUUUGCCAAAGGCCAUCGCCGCAUGGGAUGCUGGGGCGUCUGCGCAGCUGGUCUGGAAUGUGGCCCAGGCCAGGCGCCGCAUUUCUGGGGGAAAGCAUCUCCACCGAGACUCUUCCGGUGCCCGUGGAUCGGAGGACGGGACCGGCAUCCACGUGUCUCUGCUCCGCGGACUGUACCCUUCCACCCACAGCUGUUCUGUUUGGGAGAUUUUGAUUUAAUCUGAGUCCUUAAAGGAACUGACGUAAUGUUGAA